AUGACGUCAUUUUCCGUCGACAGCGUGAAGCGUUGCAGUUCCUGUCACUGUCACUUCAUAUUGAGAUUCUCUCUCAAACAGAUUAUUCUCGGAAGAAUGUUUUCCUGGUUGGUGAAAUUAAAACCUGGUGGAUCUUAUUUUAACUCUGACCCCUCUACUGCACCUGAACACCGAGAUAGUGACCGUGAGGAAGACGGUUUUCUGUUGGUUGGUGAGACACUCAGUGAAAGAACAACUGUUCUUGGUAACCAAAAGUGUACCAUUGAUCAGCCACCUGCAUACUCACAGAUCAUAAUGUCAAAUCCUGUUUGGUCAUCAGAUACAGCAAGCUCUAACCAACUCACUCCAUCAACCAGAAAUAAUAUUUCUGAAAGAAAUGUGAGCCAUAUUUCUCCACUGAGUGAUGUCCCAUUUAAAUUCUCAGCAGAUUUAGAAAUCAUUGCCAAAUGCUUAGAUCUGCAACUGGACUUUAACUUGCCUAGUAGAGACAUUUUUCAGGACUACAAUUAUGAUUUCAAUUUUGAGAAAUCACUUCUGCGUGAUUUGGACUAUAGCAACAAUGGCCUCAUUGAAGACGGCACUGAGUCAGUUCCAGACUUGAUCUCUUUUUAA